AUGGUCAAAUUCAUCAAACCCGGUAAGGUGGCCAUCGUUCUUUCAGGACGUCAUGCUGGCAAGAAAGUCGUAAUCGUUAAACCGGUCGACGACAGUACCAAGGAUCGCCCGUAUGCUCAUGCUAUUGUAGCUGGCAUUGAACGUUACCCGCUGAAGAUAACCAAGAAAAUGGGCCCUCGGAGAAUUGCCAAGCGGUCGAGGAUCAAGGUGUUUAUCAAGCAAAUUAAUUAUAACCAUUUGAUGCCUACGAGAUACACCUUUGAAUUGGAGAAUAUCAAAGGAGCGGUGAAUCAAGAGACGUUCAAAGAAGUGUCUCAGAAGGAGGACGCCAAAAAGCUCAUCAAGAAAACAUUACAAGAAAGAUACAAGACCGGGAAGCACAAGUGGUUCUUUACAAAAUUGAGAUUCUGA